AUAUAUAUGAUCUUCACCCCCGGGUCUCUCUCAAAUUGCAUAUUUUUCUCUCCAUAUAUAUCUCUCAAAAAAAAAAAAAAAAAUAGUUCGUUGAUAUACAACUAUAUAAUCAUAAUAAUAUAUGAUGGAAGGUGAUAGUGGUGAUACGAUUUCUGAUGACACGGCCGCUGCUCAUACGACGAACCUCCUCCUUUCGCCGCCACAACAACAACCGUCUUCAUGGAGACUUAACAUUGAUCAAUUUCGAGUACUGCCUCAUCAAACGUCGCCGAAUUCUAGUUCAACCGGUGGAUUCUCUGGUUUUCACCGUUUGUUCCGUCGUACUCCAAAGAAGCGUGGAAAGGUUCAAGAGUACUACAAGAAACAGGAACGACUACUUGAAGGGUUCAAUGAGAUGGAAACAAUCAAUGAAGGAUGUUUACCUGAAGGCUUGACCGAGGAUGAAAUGAAGAAUCUCGCUAAAAGUGAGAGAAUGGCGAUCACUGUGUCAAAUGCGGCUAAUUUGGUCCUUUUCAUAGCAAAAGUUUAUGCUUCUAUUGAGAGUAGAUCUCUGGCUGUCAUUGCAUCAACAUUGGACUCACUCUUGGACUUGUUAUCCGGAUUUAUAUUAUGGUUUACUUCACAUGCCAUGAGAAACCCGAAUCACUUUCAUUAUCCAAUUGGGAAGACCAGAAUGCAGCCUGUUGGGAUCAUUGUCUUUGCGUCGGUAAUGGGUACCCUUGGGUUCCAAAUAUUGCUCGAGUCUGUUAGACAACUGGUUGCCCAAACUAAACCUGACAUGAAUCCUGAUAAUGAAAAAUGGGUGAUUGGCAUCAUGGUUGGUGUCACAGUGGUGAAGUUUAUGCUCAUGGUCUAUUGCAAGAGAUUUAAGAAUGAAAUAGUAAGGGCUUAUGCUCAAGAUCAUUUCUUUGAUGUUGUCACCAAUUCUGUUGGAUUGGCUUCAUCUGUUUUAGCCGUUCGCUAUAAGUGGUGGAUUGACCCCGUGGGAGCUAUAAUCAUUGCACUCUAUACGAUCAGUACAUGGGCGAGGACAGUUAUGGAGAACGUCCGGUCACUAAUAGGGAGAACGGCUCCACCAGACUUUUUAGCAAAACUGACUUAUUUGGUAUGGAACCAUCAUGAGGAAAUAAAGCAUAUUGACACAGUGAGAGCAUAUACAUUUGGUUGUCAAUACUUUGUGGAGGUAGACAUUGUGUUGCCAGAAGAUAUGUUGCUCCACAAAGCUCAUAAUAUUGGGGAAAUGCUGCAAGAAAAACUUGAACAAUUACCUGAAGUUGAACGUGCCUUUGUUCAUAUCGACUUUGAGUUCAGUCACAGACCUGAACACAAAGCCAAGGUCUGAUAUAUUCAAUUGCAUUACAUCUUGCAACACUUUUUAUUCUUGUUGCAAGUUAAUAAACAUUGUAAACAAAAUGAUCAAUCAUCAUAUGGCCUUUUUAAAGGUUCCGUUUUGUGAA